CACCGCGCCGAGGGUGAUGGACAAGCUGACGCUCUGCGUGUAUCCCAACAAAGAAAUCUCCCCGAUCGCUUCGAAUCUGACUGGUCUCCACAAUGCUCUUAUGCUGGAUAACGACAAGCGACCCUUCGACGUCCAAGUUUGCGAGUCGAUAUGCGCCUUCCUCGGCAGACAGGCAAAACCAGUGUGUAUGGUCGCUCACAACGGAUACGAAUUCGACUUCAAGCUGCUCCGGACGGAAUUCGACCGUCUCGGACGUUCUCUACCUCCCGACCUGCUGUGUUGCGAUUCCCUGUUGGCUUUUCGUGAACUGGAAGGUGCUGAUUGGAAAGCGUGGAAAAGGCCGAGGAGGUCGUACGCCCUGCAGAAGAUGUUCGUCCGGACUUUUGGAGUGAAACCCAGAAACGUUCACGGUGCUGAAUCUGACGUGAUCACUUUACUCAAACUUGUGCUCAACCGAGGAAACGCAGUGUGCCGGUGGAUGGAUGAGCACGCGACGAGGUGGACGGACGUUCAGCAAUAUUACGUCCCGAAAAAGAUCGAGGAUAAGAUACAUGUAGAACCAUCUUCGAACAGUCCGAUAGUGUAGUGAAAAGCAGACGUUCGAUAUCUUCGCAUCCAGCCUUAUUCGCUA